CUCGCCUGCUACAACGAUGGACAGCGAAGUACAAAGGGAUGGCAGAAUCCUGGAUUUGAUCGAUGAUGCAUGGAGGGAAGAUAAAUUGCCGUACGAGGAUGUGGCUAUCCCUCUGAAUGAGCUUCCUGAACCAGAGCAAGACAACGGUGGCACAACCGAGUCUGUGAAAGAGCAAGAAAUGAAAUGGACAGAUUUGGCUCUCCAGUACCUCCACGAAAACGUUCCACCCACAGGAAACUAGUGAAUCAGUGAGAUUUCAUGCACUGGAUGCAUAAAUGCAAUAUAAAAAGUAUUUUCCAGCUUACCGUCGCUGUCAUAAGCUUCUCUAAGGAGGAAAUGACGUUUCUGAAAAAGGCUUGGAUUCAAACAAUGGUUCUACUCACAUUG